AACAAAGUUCAGGUAUUUUACCUGCAAUUACAAACCUGCUCCAAGCCAAGCAUGUAAUGACAAGACACUUUCCUUGGAAUGGGUGGUUCGCCUGCGGCAGGAAUUCAAGGAGGAAGUCAUUCAGGUUGCUUUCAUUCACUCGACUUUCAUUUUGUAAGCAGCGCCUCGGAGGAGAAAGACAUAACUGACUUGCUUCUGGAAGACAAAAUGAAUACAGCCAACUGCACAACCAGACAUAAGGACUUAUUUGAAAAUAAAGUCCUGCCUGCUCUUUACAUCUUUGUAUUCGCUGUCGGACUGCUGCUGAAUGUAUGGGGAAUUAAGUCUUUGCUGCACAACUGGAAGAAACUUCGGAUUAUUAACAUUCUUGUUCUUAACCUUGGACUAGCAGACAUGCUGUAUCUGCUGACUCUCCCCUUUCUGAUUGUGUACUACCUUAAAGAGAGUAAAUGGAUCUUUGGAGAACCUUUCUGCAAGGUAACAAGAUUAUGCUUUAAACUGAAUUUAUACUGCAGCAUCGGAUUCCUCACCAGCAUAAGUGUGUACCGGUACCUGGCCAUUGUCCAUCCAAUGAGAAUAAAGGGGAGACUGACUUCAACACACUGUGUAGUCAGCUCAGUCCUGGUGUGGAUUUUUGUAAGUGCUCAAAGUAUUCCAGACAUGUUCUUCCCUAAGCAUUCAGAGAACACGACUGGACAAUGUUAUGAUACAACUGAUUUGAAAAAUGUGGAGAAAUACCUGCAUUACAGCCUCAGCUGGACGUUCAUCGGAUUCUUCAUCCCGUUCCUCAUCACCGUGGGCUGCUAUGGACAUUUGACUCUUGUUGUCUGCCGCUCAAAUACGGUGAAAAGGAAUCAGAAACAACAAAUCUUAAAACUGAUGGUUUUAUUGCUUUUCCUCUUCUCAUUUUGUUAUGCGCCCUACCAUGUUUUCAAGAACCUCAGCCUGUAUUCCAGAGUUCAGCAAGUCGUGGUCUUGUGAGCCUGAACAGUGCUCUUAACCCGCUGGUUUACUUAAAUG